AACCAAGACUAUAAAAGGAGGGUGUUGUCACCAAAGCUACCCACCAGCACAUACACAACCUCUCCAACUCCAUGAAAGCACUCAAGAUCCAGUCCCCCGGCCACGCCGCCGUAGUCGAAACCAACAUCCCCAGGCUCCGCACUCCCUCAGACCUCCUCAUCAAAACCGUUGCUGUUGCCCUCAAUCCCAGCGACUGGAAGCAUAUCGACUUCGUUGACAAGCCUGCCACCGUCGGUUGCGACUACUCCGGUGUCGUCGAAGAGAUCGGGUCCGCUGUCACUCUCCCUUUCAAGAAGGGUGAUCGAGUAUGGGGUUGCGUGCAUGGAAGUAAUGUGCUUGAUCUCGAUAGUGGAUGUUUCGGGGAAUAUGUGGUUUCCAAAGCGGAUCUAGUCUUCCGAAUCCCUGAAAAUAUGGGCUUCGAAGAAGCAGCAACGUUGGGAGUGGGUAUAGUUACCGUGGGUCAGGGACUGUAUCAGGCUAUGGGAUUGCCAUGGCCGGAUUCCCCACUUAAGGAGAAGGUGCCGAUUCUGAUAUAUGGUGGAUCAUCUGCCAUGGGAGCCUUUGGAAUCCAGUUUGCAAAGUUGUCUGGGUUCGAGGUCAUCACAACCUGCUCCCAACGCAACUUCGAAUACGUCAAAUCGCUGGGGGCUGAUGUAGUUUUCGACUACAAGUCCCCCAGUUGUGGAGCCGACAUCCGCAAUUACACAAACGACAAGCUAUACUACGCUUGGGACACCAUCGGCGAAGGAAAUGCUCCGCAGAUUUGUGGGGAUGCCCUUGCAUCAUCUGCUCCUAAGGGCCAGAAGUUGUACUAUGGGACCAUCGUGUUCGUCCCUCAGUCGCCCCGACCCGAUGUCGAAAUGCUCUUUACGAUAGGGUAUUCCGCACAGGGCGAGUCAUUCGAGUUAAUGGGCAUGAAGUUUGCGGGGAAGCCCGAAGAUUAUGAGUUCAUGAAAAAGUGGAUAGCGGAAGCUGAGAAAUUAUUGUUCGAAGGGAAACUAAGGGCCCACAAGCCAGACGUGAGACCUGGUGGUUUGGAUGGAAUUUUAACUGGCUUGAAGGAUAUGAAGAAUGGGAAGAUCAGUGGAGUUAAAGUCGUUUAUCGGGUCGGCGAUCCUUGA